CGCUUCCAUUCAUUACCAGCGCGCAGGAGGGUGUGUGUGUGUGUGUGUGUGCGUGUGCGCGCGCUGUCUCUGGCCAAUACAUACACGGGAUGAAGAUGAUGAGACUCUACUAGGACGAGUGGACCUUCUAGAUUGGAUACAUUUCGGGAUUGGACCUGAAUCAACGCGUUUGCGUCCCGAGUCUCAUCCGCGUUAUUAACCGGACUAAUAUCUGCCGACUACUGAAGGAUAUCUGCGUCUCUCUGUAUAAUGCCGACACAUAUGAGAUUGCGGAGAAGGUCAUUUCUCGGGCUUUUAUUUCUCUUCUCGCUCUCCACGUCUGCACUGUACUUCAUCUAUUCAGCUCCUGGCAUAGUUAAUGAGUACCUGUUCAUGGCUCAGGCCCGUGGAAUCCAGAUCCGGGAGAAUGUGAGGAACAUGGGAGCUCAGGUCCUUGAGCAGAUGGUGCGCAGUGCUUACAACAUCAACGGCACAGACUACACAUAUGAGUUUAACUUGAGUGAGACAGGUGUCCCCAGCACUCCUUACCUCCCGGAGGGCUUCACAUAUAUGCCUGAUCAGGUCUGCCCGGAGAAACUGCCCUCCAUGAAGGGCCAGCUGAAGGUGAACGUGAGUGAGAUCACUCUAGACGAGGUUGAGAAACUUCUCAAGCAGGAAGAUCCAAGUCUGUCACGUGGAGGCCACUGGAAACCGCACGACUGUCUCCCACGAUGGAAGGUGGCCAUCUUGGUUCCUUUCCGUAAGCGUCAUGAGCACCUUCCCAUACUUUUCCGGCAUCUGAUCCCAGCGCUUCAGAGGCAGAGACUGCAGUUCGCUUUCUACAUCAUUGAACAGGCAGGAAAUGAACCGUUCAAUCGUGCCAUGCUGUUUAACGUCGGAUUCAAAGAGGCCAUGAAGGACUUGAACUGGGAUUGUGUAAUAUUUCACGAUGUUGACCACAUUCUGGAAAAUGACCGCAACUACUAUGGUUGUGGUGAGAUGCCGAGACACUUUGCGGUCAAACUCAACAAGUACUCUUACAUGCUUCCCUAUGAGGAGUUCUUUGGUGGUGUGAGUGGACUCACCGUGGAGCAGUUCAGGAAGAUAAACGGCUUUCCCAAUGCAUUCUGGGGCUGGGGAGGGGAAGACGACGACCUUUGGAAGAGGGUUCAGUUUGCUGGCUACAACGUGAGUCGGCCUCAUGGAGACAUCGGUCGUUACAUGUCUAUUCCACACCACCACCGCGGGGAAGUCCAGUUUCUGGGCCGAUACAAGUUGCUGCAUAGAUCCAAGGAGAGACAGAGCCUGGACGGCCUGAAUAACUUGAAUUACUCCCCUCUAGUGUCCCGGAGGAGUCUGUACACUAACGUGUCAGUGACGCUCAGUCGAGACCUGGCGCCUGUCGCCGAUUACUGACACAAGACAGACCCUCGCCACAUUAUACAACACCAUCUUUAUUAGAAGGGGAGGGGGUUUCACAAGGCUUUAAUGCUCAGUGCUCCUUUUUUUUUCAUUUCUUUCAUUUUUAUAUAUCAUUUUUUCUACUUCUUCUUUUUAAGCUAAUUAUACACUCCCCCUGCCCCCCUCUGUCUAUCAUGUGAAUGGAUUCAUUCUGAGAUCCAAAACCCCCAACUGCUGGUUUACUCUCGUUGGACGGGUCAGAUCCAGCAUGUGCUGUGUCAUCUAAUCAGACUUCACCUGGUGGGAGGAGUCACAUGUUUACAGCAUGAAUGAGGAAAGCUCUUGAACAAGUUUUUUAAACUAUGCUAAACGACUUCAGAAUAGCCAUUGUAAGAGUCGAGGGAAAUGCCCUUUUCUCUGCCAGAAACAACCACAGCUGGUUCUGUGCAUUAGAUUAUAAACUAAUAAAUGCAGAUUCAAAUCUUUAUUUAAUGUACAAUAAAUAAGCAUGCACUGAUACUUACAGUAGAUGCUACUAACAUCACGGCUAUGAGUAUUUGCUCAUGACACAUGGAAAUCAAUACCCUCAAUCGUUUUAGCUGUACAAUACAAACGUGCUCAUCUACCGCAGCACAAACAGAUUUCUCCACAUUAGAAAUUAAAUGAUUUGAAAAGCACAGCGUCCUUUCCUGUGUCUAUGUAUUUUCCCAUGAAACAAGACAUUAGGGCAUAUCAAAGGGCUUUUACCUUUUUUAAAUGGCUAGUAACUUUUAGCUUGUCAUUUCUAGUCAGAGGCAAGCAGUAUUGAGUGGGGGACAUUCAAUUAAAUAAAACAUGUAAAUGGCCCAGAAGUGCAAGAUUAGUCAUCUAUAUUUAUGGGCCGUUUUCCUUGAAGAGAUAUUUUAUUUUUUACUGUAAUUAUGGAUUGGUUUAUCUGCUAAAAGUGAAUUUUCGCAACUCUUGGGAGUACACCAGCACAUCAGACCUAAUAGAUGUGGAUUAAAAGCCACCAAACAAGUUAUUUAGGCCCGUAUACAAACCACUGCAAUGCCAGCAAAAUGUGCCUCGGAGUGAAAGGUCAUGCAUUUUUACUCCAACACUGGAAAAGUGUCAUUGGAACUAGAUUAGGAACAGCUCACUUGUUAGUUUUAUGAUUUGUCAUAUUUAUUUGGGUCUGCUGGUUGUUUAAAACACUGGAUUGUCUGUCGAACAAACCCUCUGUUGUUUGUGCUAACAGAAGUGUUUUUUUCUUCAUUAGUUCCUGCUUACGUUGUGUAGAGAAGUGUUUCCAUGCAUUGCCGUCACAGUCAAAUCCACAUGCUUUGCAUCCUGAGCAGUGUGUAGUCAGCUCACCUUCACCGCCGUGUGAGGGGUUAGAAAACUCUGUUCAGAUAGAAAGAUUUACUAGAGCCAAUAUUUGACCUUUUUUAGAGUGUUGUUUUCUCUGGAACUGAAUUUGGACAAACAGACUGUGCAACUCUAUUAGACCAAACACGCUUUGGACCUCGUUCAUAAAACUACAUUUAACAAUUUAUAUUCAAGAAAUGUGUAGAAAUGUAGAACACGUGAAAGUCGUUCAAGAAGUAUGAUGUGACAUUCGUCAAAGCAGACUGAAUUUUUGCAUUAUCAUUCAUAAACACAGUCUUGCACAAUUCGUCGCAUUGAUAUUUAUGAAGAACUUGCACAGAAAUUGGUUUGGUUUUAUAAUAUCCUGACAUACCAUGUCAGUCAUAUAUGUAUCAUAAGUGAGGCCCUUUGCUUUUUAUUCUCAUUACACACGUUUAUGUCGUUUAGAGAUCUUAGGGGCUUCGUAAUGCGUAUUCGUGAGCGUGUUCGUGUGCAUUCUUCAUAUUGGAGAGGCUGGUCCUCGUAUUUAUUCAUUCUUUUAUGAACAUUUUUUUAAAUUAGUUUUAGUUCUUUUUUACAUAUUUCUAUCUUGUUUUACUAUGAUUGUGAUUAUUUUGAGGGGACCAGAUCAAGAUAACUGUGACCAGCACUGAAAUGUGUUAUGGCAUACAAUGUGAGGCUGAUCUUGGGAAGAGAGUCUGUUGCUGUUAAACUGAAUGGAUGGCUGUUUCGGAUGAUGACACGAGAGAACAGGAAAGUUAGGAAGACUUCUUGAGCGCCCGCCCACUGAUGACCAAUGGUGAUGACCUCACAGACAUGGUAACGGAUAAUUAAACUAAUUACACUCUUGCCUCAUUGACCUUCUUGCCAGUGUACUUUAUCCGUGGAGCAGGUAAAUUGUGUUUAGCUGGUCGUGCGCUCAAGCAGGUCUUUCUAAUGUUUGAUUCUCUCUGUGUUUGACGCUCAUGCAGUUUUGCGCCAAUGUUUGGGGUCUUUUUUUUUUUUUACUCAUUUAAUUAAUGAUUAGUACUCUCACACCAAACCUGGUACAAUAUGACUGGAUUCCAGAACGAUGCUGCAGAGUUAAAAACCUUGCUUGUCAAGUUUGGUUUGGAAUAAGAACUUUGGGAAAAUAAGGAUUUCUGUUUUGUUUUGUUUGAUCCCUUGCGUCCAAAUUAUGCUUACCAUUCAUAUAUAUAUAUAUAUGGAAGUAUAAUACUGAUCUGAAGUCAGAAACUCCUAUUGCUCCCGCCCCAUUUUCUUUAUGGGCCCCUUCAUUGGCAAACUCCAGUCCAUUAUAUAAUCCAUUCUGCUCCAGUUGAAAUGACAGGGAGAGCAGAAAACCAUCCCUUGAACAACUGGCUGCCUUAAAACCUGUUAAUUUAUUCAAUAUAAUCAUGUUUUUAUUUUUUUUAUAAGCAAAUAUAUUUAACUAUGUUCAUGUGUUUUUACCCUUGUGCACAUUGCGUAGUGUGUUUUUGGAGUGAAAAAUUAAAAAGGCAUAUAAGGAACUUCAAAGAUGUGCUUACUAUUAACAAAGAAUUUGGAGCCCUUAAAUCAGGCAAUGAUUUGGUGCCAUUGACCUCUCUGUGAAUGCCAUAAGCUGUUUGUUUUUUUUUUUUAAAUCAUAGCAGGCCUUAAAUACUGUUUUUAGGAUCAUUUGUGAUGAUGAGGAUUUUCCUCUAUGACAUUAUCAUGUCUUAUUAAGAUUUUUUGUUGGCCAAACACACAAAUUGUCCAAACCACUGCAUCUCGAAAUGAAGCAUUCAGCAUUAUUUGUAUAAUAUCGAGACAACUGAAAUGUUCUGAGAAAAUACGAUGUUGUCGUCCAUUAUAAGGAGAUCAGGUCUAAUUGAAGUGAAGUCAUCUGCCACUUGUACAACACAUCUUGGCCUUAGUGUUUCUGUAUCAGUGAUCUUUCAAUAGAGACACUUUCUAUGAUGUAAGAUCUCUUUUUUUUCUAUUAUCAUUGUUGAAAUGGCUUUAAUACACCAAUAAAAGUACUUUUAGGCAAUA